AGCCCUGCAACACAUGAGCUCCCUUUUUUCGUGCACAGAUACAACAGUACCAGUCUACCAGUGAAUCACAACCAGUCAACAACACCAUGCUUCGACUAUUCCAGACCGUGCUUGCUCUUGUUGCCACCCUUUCGGUUGCAUCCGCUGGCCUCGUACAGCGAGGCAAAACCCGGUCUGUCAAGCUGCACAACCAUGCUUACCAGUUUCGGAUCCCGAACACAUCGGGAGCAGGUCUCACCAGGGAGCUGGAAUUUAAGCAGAUGUGGGCGGAAAAUAUGAAAGACAGGCUCUGGCAGCUAUACAGACCCGAGCCAGUUGACGGAGGUGCUUGGCCAGGUGGUGAGGGAACUUUCGAGAUUGUCAAUGGUUUGAAACACAACGAGUGUCAUCUCGAAGGCAUACUCAGCCUUGAGGGACCAGACAUCGAAUGGCAGAUUGGCGCUUGCAAGACAAGGCCUGGCGCGUGCGAGACAGUUGAAUGUAUGAACGAGAAGGAAGGAAUCAGGUUAAUCUGCCAGGAGCAGCCAGCGCCGUUCCUCGAUUGUUGAGAGCAUGAGAACGGACAUCAUGUCCCAAUAUUGGUGCUUGUUACCAACGAUCUGAGUCGUAGUCUAGUCGAAUGUUGAUGCCUG